AUGCUUUUAUGGAGCCCUUUAGCCAACUUCUUUUGGGACUUACAGUGCAAAAUAUAUUUUCUGCUUGUAGGUAUUUGUUCUGCCUUAAAAUUGACAGUACCAUCUCAUACCAUCCAUGGUAUUGAGGGGCAACCACUUCAUCUUACUGUGGACUACAAUUUCAAUGCUACAGCUUCUGAAAUCCAGAUAAUUUGGCUUUUUGARAGGUCUGAAAGUAAUCCAAAAUACUUGCUUGGUUCUGUAAAUCAAACWGUAGUUCCAGACUUGGAAUACCAGCACAAGUUUACCCUUAUACCACCAAAUGCAUCUUUGAGAAUUAAUCCAUUGCAUAUCAGUGAUGAGGGCAAUUAUAUUGUAAAAAUCAAUGUCCGUGGAAAUGGGACAAUAGCUGCAAGUCAAAAGAUUCAAGUAGCUGUUGAUGUUCCAGUCACAAAGCCAACUGUACAUACUGAACCAUCUUCAGGGGUAGUGGAAWAUGUAGGGAAUAUUACCCUAAAAUGUACUGUGGAAAAAGGUACAAGGRUAGCUUACCAGUGGAUGAAAAAUGGGAAGUGUCUCCAUGCUGGCCCUAAUUAUAUUUUUUCAUCAAACAAUGCUACACUUCUUAUUGUUCCUGUUGUAAAAGAAGACAUUGGGAAUUACAGCUGUCUGGUGUCUAACCCCGUCAGUGYGAUGGAAAGUGAGAUAAUUGCACCAACCAUAUACUAUGGACCUUACGGACUUAGAGUGAAAUCAGAUAAAGGUCUGAAUAUAGGGGCAGUGUUUACUGUUGACAUGGGGGAAGUUGUACUGUUUGACUGCUCGGCAGAUUCAAAUCCACCAAAUACUUAUUCAUGGAUUCAAAGGGAUGACAAUUCCACUCAAGUGAUCAAAUAUGGACCCYAUCUGGAAGUUGUAUCUGAUAAAGUGGCCCAGAAGACAAUAGAUUACAUGUGCUGUGCUUUCAACAACGUGACUGGAAAGCGAGAUGAAACUCACUUCACAGUCGUUGUUACUUCUGUAGGGUUGGAAAAGCUAGCCCAGAAAGGAAAAUCUUUGUCUUCUCUUGCAGUAAUAACAGGAAUUUCAUUAUUUUUGAUCCUAACUAUGGCCUUUUUAUUCCUAUGGAAAAGAUAUAAGCCACAUAAAGUGAUACAACAGAAGCUACAGAGCAGGGCAGAGGCUGAUUACAGAAAGGCACAGGCAUUUUCAGGACAUGAAAGUGCUUCAGAUGAUUUUGGGAUAUAUGAGUUCAUCGCUUUUCCAGAUCUUACCAGUGGUUCUAGGGUUUCAAGUCAAUCCGUUCCUGGCUCUGUCACAGGCCAGGAAAUGUUAAGUACGGUUUAUGAAGUUAUUCAGCACAUUCCAGACCAGCCACAACAAGACCACCAACAGUAA